AUGGAAGAAGCUGCGAUUCGUUCGCGUCUAAACGUGGAGGAAAGGCCUUUACGGCGCUUGAUCAGUCGCUGCAUGGGAUUUACAAACGAAAAGUCAGAUGAAGCAAGCAUGAAAACUUUAGAAAUCGAAUUCGCAGCCAUGUCUGCCUUUUGGCUUCGUUUACAAAUGCAAUUGGACACCCAUGGCAAAGAAGUCAGCCUGUAUCAAAAUAACUUAAGAAAAACUCAGCAAGAUUAUGAGCAAGAGGAAAAAGAGAUUUCCAGACUUGAGCAAGAAUUACUCCUUGCCCAGCAGGAACAGGAGAAGCAACAAGAAUAUGAUGAGCUUGCUAAACCUAUUAUGGCAAGAGGAUUAAGAUCAAGAGGUGAACAAUUAGAAUCUAUCGCAAAAUUGGAAAGUGCCAUCCAAGAACUUGAGGAGGAAAAUAAAAAUUACGAGCAGCAGUGGAAUCAAAGAAAAGAGAAUUUUGAAAAAAUCGUCCAAAGUAUUGAUGAGUUUCGAACUCUUCUUCAUCCAUCCAACAAUGGUGAUUCCGAUUCCGAAGAGGGUAUCGCCAGCGAAGGGGAAACCCCAUCAUCCUCUGGCUAUAAAUAA